UCGUAAUUUGUUUCAUUUCGAUUUGAUUAGGGAAACUCGCAGUUUAAAUUGAUCUCUUGUUAGUUAAUCUUAUUUCGUUGUUUUGUUUUUUUCAUCAGAGCUACGUAGCAUGAUUAUGAUUUCUUAUAUAAUCGUUAUUCAGCUGUAUAUUGUUUGUUAUAUAGUCACUAAUCAGCUAUCAGUUACCUGCUUUUGCCGAUUAAUGGUGUUUUUAUCUUCAGUUAAUUAGGUUUAGCAUAUUGACACAUACGUAAUUGUGCAAUAAAUUCCCGUUAAUUCUGCGAAAAAGAAUAUUGAUGCUCGGAUUGAAUUGAUAAGAUGAUGUUUGGAUCUGCCAAGGACUUGCUGCUUUCUGGUCCUGCAUCUGAGCUGGAUAUCGAAGAAGAAGCUGAUAAUCCCGUGGAAGUAUUAUAUACAGCUUCGUUCGAAGAACUUUCGUCGAAAAAUAUUCAGUACGAUACGAUUAUAUGGCUUUCAAUAUCUCUACUGCUGGUUCUAGCGUGGGGAGUUGGGAUAGUUAUGCUACUUUAUUUGCCCUUUAGAAGAUACGUGCUACGAAAAGAUCUUGCAUCAAGGAAACUAUAUGUUACGUCAGCUGAAAUAGUUUACGAGGUAUGUAGACCUUCGUUUAUACCCUUCUGUGGAGAAAUAAAAAUUGAGAAGCGUGUACCUCUUUUCUUGGUGAUAGAUAUUAUAAUUGAACAAGGCUGCUUGCAAUCAGUGUAUGGAUUGCAUACCUUUAGAGUUGAAAGUAUUGCUAAUGGUAAAGCCGCACCAGUCGAUGAAUUACAGGUUCAAGGGGUUCAUAACCCUGGGCUACUGAGGAAGGUUGUAGUAACUCAGGCUUCAAAGGCUAUACAGGAUGCUAGUGGAAGCUGGAAAACUAACUUUCAAACUGCUGGAGGUGAAAGCUUAUCUCCCGUGGAAUCUUUCACCUUGGGUCCUGCGAUUCUGAGUUCGCCUUCUAAAGGCUGGAAGACAAUAGGUUCUCCUCUACACGUUCGAACCGAACCGAGAGUUGUAGCACCUACAGAUUUGAUGCUCCACAAGCUCGAAGAAGUUAAUAAAUCGGUGAAGAAAAUCGAGUUUUUCAUGGAGAAAACCCAGGGCCGACACGAGAACUAGGUCGGAAAACUUGUGAGAUAGAUUCCUCUGCGGUGUUGUACGAAAAAAAGGUAAAUCCUUGCUUCCUUUAUUGUGAUGCUGGAAAAUUAUGCUGCUUAUGUGUAUCACCGAAAAAGACAGCAUUAAAAAAUUAAUAAAUAUAAAAUUAAAAUCAAAAAAGGAGAAUAGGGAAGAAUCAAUUCUAUUAGAAGUUGAUUGAUUUACAUGGGGUGGUUAAAAUUAAAAAGAAAAGAUUUGUCAUUCAACCAAAAAGAGUGGAUAAAAGUGCAGACAUGAGCACACGAUGCCGUUUUACCUUUUCAAAGCUACUAGUUGGGUUGCAGUCAAAUUCGGUACCUUUUUUUUUUUUUUUUUUUUUUUUUUUUUGUUUUUGUUUUUUGUGGACUUGGUUCUUACGCGGCGGGUUGGGUCAUACGUUGUAUAUUUCUGUCUGAAAUUCCGAAUUAAAUUCGAUUUUAUUUAUAGUUUUAGAAUAUAUUUGGCAAUUUAUGAUUUGUUUCUAA